ACCAAGUCUAUCGUCCAGAUCUCACGGUCCAACAUUUAUCGCUUUGGUGACCCAAACUUCGCAGCGCCGGUCUUCCGUGAUGUUGAAUGGACUAUUGAUGAGGGUGAGAGCUGGGCUGUGAUAGUAGGGACUGGCUCGAAGCAAAAGACGGCCCUUUUGCAGACACUCCUUGGUCACCUACGCAUAACUCCUCCGCCCUUACCUGGAGGACUACUUUCCGACCCUCCACGCGACCCACACAACUCUGUGGCCUUUGUGUCAUUCGCGCAUCGGCCGCGCGCAGCAGGUGGUGCCUUCUACGACUACACUUUUCGAUACGGUGCAGUCAGAGAAGAAGACCGCAUCACCCUUCGAGAAAGUACGUUCGGAGAGUACGACUUUCUGAACGUCCAGCCGAAAGGUGGAAAGGUGAAGACUCCCGUCGAAAUUGCACAGAACGAAGUGAAGAAGGGCAUCUUUGAGGACCUAACUUCGAGACUAGGUCUUUCCUCCCUGUUGGAUCUACCUUUGAUCGCUUUAUCAAAUGGCCAGACGCGUCGAGCAUGCAUCGUGAAGGCUAUCUUGUCUGAACCAGAGCUCCUCGUACUCGACGAACCUUUAACCGGCCUUGAUGUCAAUACUCGCCCAAUCUUGCUGAAUGUCCUUCGGUCGCUGCACGAGUCUCGCAGUCCACGCAUUAUCAUGGGUCUCAGGAUCCAGGACCCUGUUCCUGACUGGAUAUCGCACAUCGCUCUAGUGACGGGCGAAACUAUCCUGACAGGUGUCAAAGAUGAAAUCAUGUCCAAGCAUGCGGAACAUCACGCAAAGGAAGCUGAGCAUAGAACGGCAAGCACCACUCCGUCAUAUCUGCAGUCUGGCCUUGAUCAUGGAAAGCCAGUAGUUGACAUGAAGAAUGUAAAU